GCGUGAUUCUGGAGUCGCAUCCAUGGCUGAGGCGCAGUCUGGUCUGGUGGGGAGGGUCGAGGGGGUCCGGGUCGCGGCCCUCCUGGAGGACUCAGGUGGGAACCGGCUGAAAAGACAGCUUGCUGAGAGCCUGUGUUGUCAGAGAAAGCCUUCAUUCUCUUGGUUCCUGUUCUUGCUCGGUCUGGUGUUCCUGGUCUGGUGUUGCAUCCUGUCCAGCAGUUCUCUGUCACAGUGGGAGAGCUCCUCCCCCCAUGAGUACUACCACAGGUUCCUCAACCAAACCAGUCGGGUCAAUCUACCUCCUCCGUAUCGCGUCCAUCCAAAACACAGACUCAAACCAACGGAGAAGUAUGGAAGCACCGAACGCCCAACUGUACCGCCGACCGUGCCUCCUGCAGGUGCUCAGUUCCAUCAUGCCUACCCCCGCAACUACCACUUCAUCAUGGAUAACCAAGAGGUAUGCAAGACUGAGGCUCCUUUCCUGGUCCUGAUGGUUCCAGUGGCACCAAAUAACGCGGCGGCUCGGGACGCCAUCCGGCAGACGUGGGCCCAAGACAGCGUGGUUCAGGGCCAGGUGGUGCUUACUUUGUUCAUGCUGGGCCUCUCUGGGGUAGCUGAUGUCCAGGAGGAGCUCCGACAGGAGAAUCUCCAGCACCGCGACUUGAUCCAGAGCGACUUCAUGGACACGUACCUCAAUCUGACCAUCAAAACCAUGGUGAUCAUGGACUGGCUGGCCACUCACUGCAUGUCGGCAGCGUACGCCAUGAAGAUCGACUCGGACAUGUUCCUGAACAUCGACAAUUUAGUGGCCAUGCUCCAGAAGCCGGGCAUCCCCAAGGUGCACUAUCUGACCGGGAUGCUCAUGUGGAACAGGCCGGUCAUCCGUUCAAAGGACUCCAAGUGGUAUGUCUCUGAGGAGAUGUACCCGGAUCCCCAAUACCCCACCUACACGCUGGGCAUGGGGUACAUCUUCUCCAACGACCUUCCAGAGAAAUUUGUGGAGGCCUCAAAAUCCAUCAGGCCCUUUAACAUCGAGGACGCUUACAUUGGAAUGUGCAUGAAGGAGCUGGGACUUGCGCCGGCGUCUCCGCCAGAUCCCUCUCAGUUCAAGGCCUACAACCAAAGAUACGACCGCUGCGAAUACUCCAAGAUCAUCACCUACAUUCUUGUGACUUCAGAAGAGUUGGUGAAAUACUGGAAAGACUUGAAGAAGCCAGGACCGCCUUGUUAGGACAAUGACGGAGAAGUUAUGUGGAACUGGAAGGAUCGCACAGAUUUCUACUGGACUGGUUUAUCUUCCCCAUUUUCUUAACAUGAAGUUUUGAGAUCACUGAGGUAGGAAGUUGAAGGUCUCAGAACAUUUGCACUGUAGAAAUGGUCAAGAUGGUUCAUGUGUGUAUUUAAAACUCUUUUGUUUAGUUGCAGAAAUAAUGACGGGAAUAUUUAUUGGUGGAAGUGUGAAUGAUUAAAAGUGUUUCUUCUUCUGACUGGAGGACGCUUAACAACUCUAAAGUAUGUGUGUCUUGCUCUUUGUAGUCACUCUGUGUCUCUUUGUAGUCGCUCUGUGUCUCAUUGUAGUCUACCUGUGUCUCUUUGUAGUCUACAUGUAUCUCCAUGUAGGAGAGGUGGGGCCCGUGGUCUGGUUCUAGUCCCUGAGCCGGUCUGUGAUGUCGUCCUGACAAAGAGCUUCUUUUCUGUCUUUAGAAUCAGAAGCAGAAACGGUUUUAUUGCGGUUACACAUAUAAACUGAUUCAUACAACGGGAUUCCUAAGUGACCUCAUACGUAAUAAGGUCGAAGGUCACAUGAGGGACGCUCGUAGGGAAACCCCCAUUGAGACGAAUGGGGGUUUCCAUCCUGCUAGCGUUUCAUUUUCAGCCAACUCCAUUGGACUCAUUAUGCAGGUUAAUGGCCAAUUAAUCACACGGGUUUUGGUGAGUUUCAUGUCUAACCAAUUUCGUUUAUUCUACGUUCUCAUGCCAGCGUUUGGUAUUUAAGGGAUUUGCAAAAGCUCCCUUUUGCAGCUUUUGACCUGUUAACCAUCUGAUGCACCAGAGACUGGAUAACGGGUGCAUAGAUCACGACACUGUCGCACGUUGCAGAUAUAUUUAUUUGCUUGUUUAUUUGGGAAUACUUUCAUGUAGGACAGGAAGUACGUCACCUGGUUUUCUUCUUCGUCGCUCUUGUAUGUAAAGGAGCACACAAUGCACGACUUCACUAACCAGACAGAACAGCGCCCCCACGUGUGUCUGCAUUGAAACUACAGCUUCAUUCUAGAACACAGGUUGACUGACAGUUUAUUGCUGAAAUAUUUGGAAUCCACCAGUUUUCAAUUUCAACAACUUUAGAACAAUUUAGGAAACACUUCCCCAGGUGUUAAGUAGGGGGUGUGAUGCUUUGAUGAAGGGUUGCAAUAUUAAUAUGAUUUAUAUCGCGUAUACGUUUUUAGAGAUGUGUCAUAAAUUCACUCAAUAUAAUAUAAACGUGAACUCUCUAUCAAGAUCAGAGCUAAAGAAAAAAAUACAUGUUUUAAUCGUGUGCUUUUAUUAAUUCAUAAAAUGUACAUUAACAACAGCACUGUGUGUUAAAUAUUUGUAAUCACAAAUUAUAAGGAAUAAAUUUAAAUAAAUUCUGAACACAGAUUUACACAUUUAUUUAGUGGUUUGGG